UUGAUCUGUUUCCUGCUUUUUGGUAUACUCAAUUAAAUCGUCUGUUCGCUUAUAUACAUUUUGUAUAGUUUUGUUUGAAGUGGGAAGUGGUAUUUUCGAUUCAAGUUAACAAAUUAAUCAUUUUCUUUUUGUAUUCGUCGUUUUGUGCAAUGUGAGUUUUUCGGCCCUUCAUCUUAUUACAAGCAGCUCAAUAUAAUGCCUGAAAAAGAGUGGGGCUGUUCGAAAUUAUGUAAAGAAAUUCAUAUUUUGGAAAAUUCAGAAUGGCAAGAUUAUUUCAUUUGCACUGAGUUUUUUGGCUAUGAAUUGUGUAUCAGAGACUAACAUAAAAUAUGGCUACCAAUUAUGUUAUUGUGAUAUCUGUUUUAGAAGGAAAAAACUUUCCUGUUCGUCAUGACAAAUAUUUGGUUGUUGAAGCCAAAUUUGAUGGAGAAGUUAUGUCCACUGAUCCUGUGACUCACAUUAUUCGUCCUCAUUUUAACACAGAAUUAGCAUGGGAGGUGGAUAAAAAAGGCCUUCAAAUGCAUCGGCUUCAGCGAUCUCCGAUUAAACUUCAGUGGUAUGCAGUUGAUUUAGAACUGACAAAAAAAGAAACUAUUGGUUAUAUGAUAUUAGAUAUAAGACUAGCUCAGGAGAAGUUGCAGAGCCCAAAAUGGUUUCCCUUAUUAAAUUCAAAAUACCAGAAGGAAAAGCCAGAAGUAUUGUUAUCGUUGUACUUAGAAAGGGUAACUGAAGAUAUUGCACCACCAUUACCAGAUGGAAAUCUGUCCUAUAACUACAAGAGAAAUUCCAUAAGUGAUGACAGGAAUGGACGUAAGAAACCUGGCCUAAAUGCUGGUACACAGAAAUGUAUAAAGCCAACUAAUGGGCCUUUACAUACUAAUUCAGUAUUAAAACCAGUAUUACUCUCUCAUGCUGGGUGUUAUCAGAUUGGUCCACCUGAACUUUGUAAUGAAAAAUUCAUAUUUUCUGUAACAUUAUCUUUUGCAGCCAAUCUAAAUAAACUUACACCACCAGCCAUGUUAAAGUCUUCCAAAGGCUUUUAUUUUUAUUAUUCUCUUUUUGAUAAUGAUGUGACAACAGAAAAGUUUUCAAGUCUUUCCAGUCCUGAUUUCCUUGCGGAAAGAGCUUCUGUACGAAUUUCUAGCUCUUCAAAAUUGCUUUCUGAAUAUUUUGAGCAGCAUCCUUACCUAGAGAUAAUACUUUGCUGUGGUGAUAUGUCUUUGGGCUCUGGCCAAAUUCCAUUAGGUCCCUUUUCAUGUGUAAAUAAUCAUGAUAUAAAUAAAGAUCCAUUGUGCAUUGAAGGAAGUGUGCAGAUAAUUCCAACAGAAAGAACAUCUAGAACUGGAGGUGAUGAUUUAUCUCCAUUUGUUGGUGUGACGGUUGUUUUGCAAGCUGAUAAGGUGAAAUAUCUGUAUUUGAUAUUUGUGAACAGUUACUACAUCAUUUGUUUAACAGCCUUUAAUGUCAUUAUGAAAAUCUUAAAAAUUUUAUAA